AUGGAGAAUAGGGGAGAUAUAAGUGAGAUGAAACAAUUGUUGAACUUGUUGGAUGAUAACAAAUACGUGUCACGCACCAUUCUUGAUAAGGAGAAGGAGAAGUUUGUGUGUGAGUGGACUGAUAAUGUCCGACACCUUGAGAAUACAACCACCAACAGAGUCAAGUCGGAACAUGCUAGUUUGAAAAUUUGGUUGGCUAAUAACAAGGGUGACUGGUGUCGAGAUUGGGACUCUGUAAAUCUCAUGAUUAAAAACCAACACAAGGAGAUACAAACAACAUUUGUUCGGAGCAUAACAGUGUUGGAACAUCGAUUCAAGGACAACAUACUUUAUUCUCAAUAUAUCGGUAAUGUAUCUCGGGCCGGGUUGAACUAUAUUUUUUACGAGGCCAAACGAGGUGAAGUUAUAGGUUCCGAUAACGCAAAGUGUGGUUGUACUAUUUCUAAAAUGUAUGGUCUCCCGUGUGCGUGUGUUAUUGAUAAAAAUAUAGAACUAGGUGAGGCAAUAAGAAUGGACGAAGUUAUCCUUCAUUGGAAAAGACUUAGUUUUGAUGAUGAUGGUUGCAUUGAAAGAGAAAAAUCACAUAUAUGUAUUAUUUCCGAAUUGGAAAUGAUACAAGAGAGGUUUUCAAAGGCCGACGACAACAUGAAAAUCUACAUUAAAGAACUAUUGCAGAAGAUUGGAUAUUGCGAAACAACCGACAUGAAACCGCUUUCUCAAGCGGUUAAGACAAAGGUUGCUCCGAAUAAAUUGAAGCCUACACCGAAUGACAACUCGACUACACGGGCUCCUUCGUAUUGUGAGCAUGUUGAUAAACUUUUUUCCAACUCACUGACGCCUAAAUCUCAAAAAUCUCAAACAAGUUCAAACAAAGAAGCUCGCAUAAGCAAACCGCCUCCGACACCUAUUUUGUCGAAAAUUCCAAUCACCAAAGAGACGCCUAUUCCACCAAAAAUUCUAUUCAUCGAAGAGAUGUAG